CGCGCGGCUGCCGGCGCGGCUCCCCGCCCCCGAGCGGCUCGGUGAUGGACACCCGCCGCUUCCAACCGGAGGGGGCCCGGUGCCGAGGCCGCCCAAUCGGGGGCCCCGGUGGGCGGGGCGGCCGAGCCCGUCAGAUUUGGCGGUCUGGCUUCAACAUGGCCGCAGCGCGCAGCGUCAACGCAGAGAGCGGCCGUGAGGAAAAGGGGCCCGAGGGGUCGUGUCCGGAAUCAGGGCCCCCCGGCGCCACCAUCCCGAGGGUGAAGCUCCUCGACACUCUGGUGGAUACCUUCCUCCAGAAGCUGGUCGCCGCCGGGAGCUACCAGAGAUUCACUGACUGUUACAAGCACCUCUACCAGCUGCAGCCUGAGAUGACACAGCGAAUCUAUGACAAGCUCGUCACCCAGUUGCAGACAUCUGUCCGGGAGGAAAUCUCUGAGAUCAAAGCGGAGGGGAACCUGGAAGCGGUCUUGAGCUCCUUGGACAAGAUCGUGCAAGAAGGCAAAGACCGCACGGAGCCGGCCUGGCGCCCCAGUGGGAUCCCGGAGGAAGACAUGCGGAGCGCCCUGGUGCCCUACUUCGUGCAGCAGCGGGACGCCCUGCAGCGCCGUGUGCACAGACAGGAGGCCGAGAACAGGCAGCUGGCCGAGGCCGUCCUGGCCGGGCGGGGGCGGGUGCAGGAGCUGCGGCGGCAGGGCAGGGCGCGGCAGCAGGCCUGGCAGGUGAGUGUCCCAGGCAUGGUCCCCGGCCCAAGGGACCGGCUCCUCCUGUUAGGGUUAGUGCUCCGUGGCUGUGGGGUUCUCCACGUGACCGAUCCCCAGGAGCUUUAAAACGUGCACAUUAGGGGGUGCCCCGGGGGGGGGUGCAGCCAGUUGAGUGUCCAAUUCAGUUUGGGCUCAGGUGGUGAUCUCAGUGUCAUGAGAUCGAGCGCCAUGUCGGCCCUGCACUCAGCGAGGAGUCUGCUUGAGAUUCCCCCUCUCCCUCUCUCCCUCUCUCCCUUCCUCUCUCUCAAAGAGUGGCUCCAGUCCAGGGUUGUGGGCAGGGCUCGAGGGGCUGCACCACUGUUGGGCUCGCUCCGUCAUCCGGAUGGCCGACUUGUGUUUACUUAUAACCACUUGGUGGGUCCAUUCCUGGGGCGGGCCUUCCUGUUCCUCACAGCAGUGGGUCCCCAGAUCCCUGGCUCCCGGGUCCCCGAGCCUUGGAGAGCCGGCAGCAGGAGCAGGCCCAGUGGCUCUUCUUGUCCUCACCCCGUCCCCGGCUCCGGGGCCCUGGGCAGCAGGCAGCUACUUCUUCCACACCGUCCCCGGGGAGAGAGG